AUGGCCGAUGACGAGACAUUUGGGCCAGACGGCACCGAGCCGACAGAUCAUGGGUCGCGUGACUCUUGCUCAACUGCCCGGAACCGUGGGAGCUCCGAAAAGGAUGCAGUUCUUGCAAGAACAGCAGUCUGUGUGGAGCAGGCUGAGGCCGACUUUGCCCAGCUACAGAGGGAAUUAACCCGCGUCUCGAGGACCGGCCGCGGAGAGAGCACGACAAAAGACGUGGAUGCCGAAAAAGGAGUGACGGAGGAUUCUGCACACUUCAGCGCAAAUUCUUCUUUUGACCUUGAAGCAGCGUUGCGUGGGAACCUUGCUGCCGCCGGCGAAGCUGCCGGAAUCAGGGCUAAACGCAUUGGUGCUUGUUGGGAUGGCUUGACCGUCAGGGGGGUUGGUGGCAGGGCCAAUCACGCAAAGACCUUCUGGAAUGCGUGCAUCGAUUUCUUUGAUAUCGUCACCCCGAUGGCAGGUUUUCUGGGGCUCGGUAAAAGGCCACAAGAGGCCAUUCUUCUCGACAACUUUCAGGGCGUAUGCAAACCAGGAGAGAUGGUGCUGGUUCUGGGCAAACCCGGCUCCGGUUGCACCACCUUUCUCAAAGUAAUCGCCAACCAGCGGUAUGGGUAUUCCAGUGUGGAAGGAGAGGUGUUUUACGGCCCAUGGACGGCCAAAGAGUUCAACCGCUACAGGGCCGAAGCCGUGUACAGCGCCGAGGACGACAUCCACCAUCCGACUCUCACUGUUGAGCAGACGCUAGGCUUCGCCCUCGAUACAAAGAUGCCUGCUAGGAGACCUGGCAACAUGGCCAAGGGAGAAUUCAAGGAGCGCGCCAUUUCUUUGCUCCUCAAAAUGUUCAACAUCGAGCACACCAGGAAGACAAUUGUUGGCAACCAUUUCAUUAGGGGAGUUUCUGGCGGCGAGCGGAAACGAGUCUCCAUCGCCGAGAUGAUGACAACUGAUGCCUGCCUUUUUUCGUGGGAUAACAGCACCCGCGGUCUGGACGCCAUCACUGCUCUUGACUUUGCAAGGUCGCUUCGCAUCCAGGCAAACUUGUACAAGACGACUACUUUUGCAUCUCUAUACCAAGCCUCCGAGGACAUGUACAACCUGUUCGACAAGGUCAUGGUUAUCGACGAGGGUAGGCAGGUUUUCUUCGGUCCUGCCAAGGAAGCCCGCAGCUAUUUUGAAGGGCUCGGGUUCGCCUCACAACCAAGACAAUCCACGCCUGACUACUUGACUGGUUGUACCGACGAGUUUGAAAGACGGUACGCGCCGGGAAGAUCGGAAAAAGAUGCCCCCCACGACUCAAGCACGCUGUUGGAGGCUUUUGCAAAUUCAUCCUACAAAGCAAAGCUCGAGAGGGAGGUUGCAGAGUACAAGGCCAGAUUCGAGCAGGACAAGCACGAGCACGAUGGCUUUCAAGCUGCGGUCGAGGAAAGCAAGCGCGCAACCUCCCGCAAGUCUGUCUACCAAGUCGGAUUCCACCUCCAGGUUUGGGCGCUGAUGAAGAGGCAGCUCAUCCUCAAGCUGCAGGAUCGGUUUGCCCUGACUCUGGAAUGGGCAAGUAUCGUCAUCGUCGGCAUUGUCAUGGGUACUCUGUACUCGGGCAUGGACAAGACUUCCGCAAGCGCCUUCAGCAGAGCAGGUCUUCUCUUCAUGGCCGUUGUGUUCUGCGCCUUUCGAUCGUUUUCUGAAGUGGGCGGCAUCAUGACGGGGCGUGACAUCGUCAACAAACACAAGGCAUUUGCCUUCCACCGGCCAUCAGCCUUGUGGAUCAGCCAAGUCAUCGUGGACCAGGCAUUUGCGGCAACGGAAAUCUUGCUCUUCUCCAUCGUCGUCUACUUCAUAGCUGGCUUGGCAAGAGAUGUCGGCGCCUUCUCCACGUUUUAUCUCCUGAUUCUGACCAUGAACAUUGCGAUGACGCUCUUGUUCCGCGUGGUGGGUUGUGCAAGCCCUGACUUUGAUUAUGCCCUCAAGAUUUGCACCGUCUUCGCCUCGGUCUUUUGCUUAACGUCGGGAUACAUGGUGCAGUACCGGUCAGAGAGAGCUUGGCUUCGGUGGAUUUUCUGGGUCAAUCCGCUCGGGCUCACCUUCAGCGCCCUGAUGCAGAACGAGUUUCGGCGUAUCGACAUGACUUGCACAGCCGAUUCUCUGAUCCCUUCAGGACCAGGUUACAACGACAUCAACCACCAGGUGUGCACGCUGCCUGGUUCCAAACCGGGAACCGCCUUUGUCGCUGGUCCCGACUAUCUCGCCGACGGCUUUUCGUACCAUCCUGGUGGUUUGUGGCGCAACUGGAUUAUCGUUGGGAUCAUCAUAGUGUUUCUACUCACCCUGAACGCCAUCUUGGGCGAAGUGGUCAGGUAUGGAACGGACAGCAGUUCUCUAAAAGUCUAUCAGCGACCCAAUAAGGAACGCGAAGCUCUCAAUGAGAAGCUUCUGCAAAAGCGGGACAGGAGACGCAGGGAUAAGUCCAGCGAGGCAGGACCAGAAUUUACAUUCUGGUCGGAAAGCAUCCUGACUUGGGAGAACAUCAACUACCACGUACCCGUUCCCGGGGGCACUCAAACACUCCUCCACAACGUGUAUGGGUACGUGCGACCUGGUGAGAUAACGGCCUUGAUGGGGGCUUCCGGGGCCGGUAAAACCACCUUGCUUGACGUCUUGGCUUCCCGGAAGAAGAUGGGUGUAGUCACUGGUCGCGUCCUUGUUGAUGGUUCCGUGCCUGGAAAGCAGUUUCAGCGAUCAACUGGCUAUGCCGAACAACUUGAUCAUCACGAACCCACGCAAACAGUCCGAGAGGCACUCCGAUUUUCUGCCGACCUUAGACAGCCGUUCAAGACUCCAAUAGCCGAGCGUCACGCCUAUGUCGAGGAGAUCAUCGCCCUCCUGGAGAUGGAAACCAUUGCCGACUGCAUCAUUGGCACUGCACAGGCGGGCUUGACUGUCGAGCAGCGCAAGAGAGUCACUAUCGGCAUAGAGCUGGCCGCCAAGCCUGAGCUGCUCCUGUUCUUGGAUGAACCCACGUCUGGCCUUGACAGUCAGAGCGCCGCUACGAUGGUGCGCUUCCUCAAGAAACUAGCUGCUGCAGGUCAAGCUAUCCUUUGCACAAUCCACCAGCCCAACGCGAGCUUGUUUGAAAGCUUUGACCGCCUCCUUCUGCUUCAGCGUGGCGGACGAACCGUCUACCUUGGCGAUAUCGGCGACGAUGCUUACGUUCUUCGUGACUAUCUGAAGCGCCACGGCGCCGAGGCUGGUCCGACAGAUAACAUUGCCGAGUUUAUGCUCGAAGCCAUUGGAGCCGGCAGUUCACCCCGCGUCGGCGAACGCGACUGGGCCGACAUGUGGGACGAGAGUCCUGAGCUGGAGCAGGUCAAGGUCGACAUAGCUCGGAUGGCGGAGGAGCGACGAGCAGUGGCGCGACACUCGGCCUCCGACUCGGCAAAGGAGUAUGCGUCGCCGACUCAUCACCAGCUCCAGGUUGUCUGCCGUCGCAUGUUUCGAGCUUACUGGCGAUCGCCAAACUAUCUCUUUACCAGACUGUUCAGUCACCUAGCUCUCGCUUCCAUCACCGGCCUCAGCUAUUUCAGCCUGGACGACUCGCGCUCUUCGUUGCAGUACACUGUCUUUGUCGUAUUCCAAGCGACCGCUCUGCCAGUCCUGCUCACCAGCCAAGUUGGAGUCAUGUUCCACAUGAAGCGGGACUUGUUCUUUCGAGAAGCGUCGUCCAAGAUGUACUCGCCCUGGACGUUUGCGACAGCCAUGAUAGUCGCCGAGGUACCUUGUUCUGUUCUUUGCGCCAUCGUCUUCUUCGCGUGCCUCUACUUUUUGCCGGGUCUGGAUGCAACGCCUUCCCGGGCCGGCUACCAGUUCUUGAUGAUUCUCAUUACCGAAGUCUUUGCCGUGACACUAGGCCAGGGCCUAGCUGCGCUGACGCCAUCGCCACGCGUCGCAGCGCUAUUCGAGCCCUUCAACUACGUCAUCUUUGCGCUGUUCUGCGGCGUUACCAUACCCGCCUCCCAGAUGCCCGGGUUCUGGCGCGCCUGGCUGUACCAGCUGGAUCCGUUCACCCGCCUCAUCGGCGGCAUGGUCACCACCGCCCUUCACGGGCUCGAGGUCGUCUGUACCUCUGCAGAGGUCAACCGCUUCACGGCCCCGGACAACACAACCUGCGGAGAGUACAUGUCUCCCUUCUUUGAGCGGGGCUCCCCGGGCUACCUGGUUCGAAACGACACGCAAAACUGCGAGUAUUGCGCGUACAAGGUUGGCGAUGAGUUUUACAAGCCCCUAGGCAUGUCUUUUGACCACAGGUGGCGAGAGCUGGGACUCUACGCCGCCUUUGUCGGCAGCAACGUGAUGAUUUUAUUUGCGGCGAUUCGAUAUCUCAACUUUAAUAGGAGAUGA